CCUCUAUCGCCGGCAGGUGAGAGGGGUCGUGUCGUGAGUCCUGCUGCUUUCUAGCUUAACAAAUGGCAGCCCAGUGUGUCACCAAGGUGGAGCUAACAAUUGCCUGCACCAAUCUCUUGGAUAAAGAUGUUGGUUCCAAGUCAGACCCGCUGUGUGUGCUUCUCCAGAACACGAGUGGUCAGCAGUGGUAUGAGGUUGAUCGUACAGAAAGAGUUAAGAACUCCUUGAACCCAAAGUUUGCCAAGAAAUUCAUGAUUGACUACUAUUUUGAGCUUGUUCAGAAACUUAAAUUCGGAAUAUAUGACAUAGAUAACAAAACCUUUGAUCUGAGUGAUGAUGACUUCUUAGGAGAAUUUGAAUGUACACUGGGACAAAUAGUUUCUAGCAGGACUCUAACAAAACCCUUACUACUUAAAAAUGGCAGACCUGCUGGAAAAGGAAGUAUUGUGAUUACAGCAGAGGAAGUGAAGGAUAACCGGGUGGUUGUAUUGGAAGUAGAAGCAAGGAAACUGGACAAUAAGGAUUUUUUUGGAAAGUCAGAUCCUUAUCUGGAAUUCCACAAGCAGACUGGAGAUGGAAACUGGGUCAUGGUUCACAGAACAGAGGUUAUUAAAAACAACCUGAAUCCUGUUUGGAGGCCCUUCAAAAUCUCUCUCAAUUCCCUGUGUUACAGUGACAUGGAUAAAUCAAUCAAGGUUGAGUGCUAUGAUUAUGAUAGUGAUGGAUCUCAUGAUCUCAUAGGAAGUUUCCAAACCACGAUGUCAAAACUGAAGGAAGCAUCUCGGUCUUCACCUGUGGAGUUUGAGUGCAUCAAUGAAAAGAAAAGACAGAAGAAAAAAAAUUACAAAAACUCUGGCAUUGUGAGCGUUAAGCACUGCGAGAUCAUUGUAGAAUGCACAUUCCUUGAUUACAUCAUGGGUGGGUGUCAGCUGAAUUUCACAGUGGGCAUAGAUUUCACAGGCUCCAAUGGGGACCCUCGCUCUCCAGACUCUCUGCAUUACCUCAGUCCCAAUGGAGUGAAUGAAUACCUGACAGCCAUUUGGUCUGUUGGCAUGGUCAUUCAGGAUUAUGAUACAGAUAAGAUGUUUCCAGCCUUUGGAUUUGGUGCACAAAUUCCUCCUACCUUUCAGGUGUCACAUGAGUUCCCAUUAAAUUUUAACCCAUCUAACCCAUUCUGUCAUGGAGUGCAAGGUAUUGUCGAUGCAUAUCGAGCGUGUCUCCCUCAAGUGCGGUUAUAUGGGCCAACCAAUUUUUCUCCAAUCAUAAAUCACGUGGCAAGAUUUGCUGCUGCAGCUACACAGCAGCAAACAGCAUCUCAAUACUUUAUACUUCUGAUCAUAACAGAUGGUGUGAUAACAGACCUUGAUCAAACUCGAACUGCCAUUGUCAGUGCUUCAAAAUUGCCCAUGUCCAUCAUCAUUGUUGGUGUUGGCGGAGCAGACUUUGAUGCUAUGGAGUUUCUUGAUGGUGACAAUGGAGUUCUUAGGUCCUCAUCAGGAGAAGCAGCUGUGAGAGACAUUGUACAGUUUGUACCAUUCAGGAAGUUCCAAAAUUCUCCAAAAGAAGCUCUGGCACAGUGUGUCCUGGCAGAAGUCCCUCAGCAAGUGGUGAACUAUUUCAGCACCUACAAACUGCAACCUCCUCAGAAUCCUGCUGCAAAGUGAAGGGACUGAGCAGAGGAGCUGAGACUGUCCUCGCUUCACUUGGCGUCUCUACGGACUGGCUCUUGAGAUACUUCUGUAUAGAUGCAUACACACCUGUGUGUGUACCUCUGUUAUGGUAUAUGGUAACCUCUCUUAGCUUUGCCUGCAAAUUGCUUUCCCAAGUCUGCCUUUUGAGGGGCAAAAUUGUACUUGUGUUAAUAUUUGGUGUUCGUCUGAGUUGAAUAUGCAGAGAGAAGGGGGAGAACAGCUGGAAGUGGAACAGCUGCCUGUUUGGUAAAUAUGGCCAGUGGGAGUGUUCAAUUACUUGUGUGGGGAUCAGUACUAAGGAUUGCAGUUUCUCAGUGAUCAUAAAACCAGUCUAAAGUGAAAAAGAGAAUUCAUCCCCACCAAGCAGGUAAAGGUUGGUAUGUGCUGCAACAAAUCUGGAAUACUUCAGGCUUCUGUGUCUUACUAAGCUGCCAUCACAGAUCUUUAUCAUAGGAGCUUCAUAAUUAUACAAGUGCCAGAAGAGAGCACAAAGGCCCUCCUUGCAUCUCUGCCUCCCAUUUGCUCCUUCAGUGCCUUUGGCCAGUGCCUGGGAUUCAGGGCUGUGUGAACAUGAGCCAAACAAGUCAUUAAAGCAUAUAUACUUUUAUAGCAGGCAUUCUCUUAAGGUAGUGCAAGAAUUCACAUAAGAAGUCUGGCAUAAAAUGAAGCUUAAAAACAGAUUUCGAACCAAACAGUUGCACCACCAGAAAGAAAGAAGAACCUUGUCACCUUGUCAUUUCAGAAGAAUACUGUUGGCCUUUGGAGGUUACUUCUGUAAAGGCUGGCAAUUCCAGAUCUUUUUUUCAGUUGGGGUUUUGCUUUGGGGGUAGGGUUUUAGGUUUUGUUUUGUUGAGAUUUUUUGUGGGUUUUGUUGGUUUUUUGUUUGUUUUUUCCCUAGAAACCA